AUGAAUAUUCCGGCAGCGAAACCCUCGAAACCUGCAAAAGCCCCAAACCAAAACCAACACUCGUCUUCAACGCCUUCAAGAUCAUCGUCCUCUUCACUGACCUCUCACUUGGCAAUGGUGGAGCUCAAGCAGCGAAUCCUUACUUCCCUCUCAAAGCUCUCGGACCGUGACACCCAACAGAUCGCCAUUGCCGACCUUGAAUCCAUUAUUCAGUCCCUCACCCCGGACGCUCUCCCAAUGCUCCUAAACUGUCUCUUCGAGACCUCCCUCUCUGACCCAAAACCCUCUGUGAAGAAGGAAUCUCUCCGACUGCUCUCACUCACUUGUCAAUUACACGCUGAUUCCGCCUUUACCCACUUGACUAAGAUCAUUGCCCAUGUCGUCAAGAAGCUCAAGGAUCCUGACACCAGCGUCAAGGAUGCGUGCCGGGAUGCUAUUGGGUUGCUUGCGAAGCUUUACUUGAAGGGAGAGGGAGGGGAUAAUGGAGGUGGGUCUGUGGUGGGGUUGUUUGUGAGGCCAUUGUUUGAGACAAUGGGAGACCAAAACAAGGGAGUGCAAUCGGGUGCAGCCAUGUGCAUUGCGAAGAUGGUGGAGUGUGCAGUAGAUCCGCCGAGGCAGGCAUUUCAGAAGCUGUGCCCCAGGAUCUGCAAAUUAUUGAACAAUCAGAAUUUCUUGGCAAAGGCUGCCUUAUUGCCUGUUGUAGCGAGCUUGUCACAGGCGGGAGCAAUUGCACCUCAAAGUAUGGAAACAUUGCUGCAAAGCAUUCAUGAAUGUCUUGGAAGUGCCGAUUGGGCCACACGUAAGGCAGCAGCCGAUGCUUUAAUUGCCUUAGCAUUACAUUCAAGCAAAUUGGUUACAGAUGGAGGAGCUUCCAUACUGUCAGUGCUUGAGACUUGCCGUUUCGAUAAGAUAAAACCUGUCAGAGAGAGCAUGCAAGAAGCACUGCAAAUGUGGAAGAACAUUUCAGGAAACGGUGCUCCAGAUGAUAAGAAAGCUUCAUCUCAUGAUGGUGACCUUGCUGAACAAUCUGAGUCAUUAGAAGAUAAGGACUUGAAAAUUUUGGCUGCCGAUGACCGGAAAACAGAGACAUCAGUGAAGGAUUCAUCUAUUGCUACUUCUACUUCAGAAUCUGCUUCUAAAGGUAAGGGUGGAAGCAGUCUCGACAAAGCAGUUGUAAUAUUGAAGAAGAAACCACCUGUCCUAAGUGACAAAGAACUGAACCCGGAAUUUUUUCAGAAGCUUGAAAGAAGGGGUACCAGUGAUUUGCCAGUAGAAGUAGUGGUUCCUCGUCGCUAUCUUAAUUCUUCCAAGGCAAACAACGGAGAUAAAUUAGAAGCAAAUGACUCAAAUUCAAAAGAAAGAUCAAACCGUUUUGGAAACAGUUGUCCAGAAGAUAUUCAUGGAUCUUUAAACGCCAAAUAUCGUAACACAGAUAGAGGAAAUGCGAGUGUCAAUUCUAAACAACGAGAUUUUGAUUAUGUCCUACGAGAUAAAUGGCCAGAGGAUAGGAUAAAUGCAAAAGAUUCAAAAGCAAGGAUAUCUGAUGAUGAUCGAACUGAUAUAAACCAACGGGAGUCAUCUGGCAAUCAUGCAGGAUUCUCCAAAACUGAUGGCCAAUCCGAAAGUUCUUUCGUCAACAAUAAAGGAAAUUGGUUGGCCAUCCAGAGGCAGUUGUUGCUGCUGGAGAGACAACAAGCUCAUCUCAUGAACAUGCUGCAGGAUUUCAUGGGUGGGUCUCAUGACGGCAUGGUAACUUUAGAAAACAGAGUCAGGGGUCUUGAGAGAAUUGUUGAGGACAUGGCUCGGGAUUUGUCAAUAUCAUCAGGUAGAAGGGGAAGUAAUUUUGCUAUGGGGUAUGAAGGAUCUUCUAAUAGACCUCUAGGCAAGUAUAAUGGCUACAAUGACUACUCCAAUGGCAAGUAUAAUGGUCGUGUGCCAUUUGGGGAAAGAUUUACGCAAUCGGAUGGAAUUACUUCUAGCAUGAGAGGAAGAGGCCCAACUUGGAGAUCUGAUGUGUCCGAUGCUUGGGAUUUCUCAGCAUGUGGUACUUCUAGAAAUGGGCAGGUUGGUUCUAGGAGAACUCUGGGUGGUGGUCCUCUGGAAGGCAGAUCACCUAAGUCAGAAAAUGAAGGUGACCAUGGUGGCAGUAGGAGAGCUUGGGAUAAAGGGGCCGGACCUUUUAGGCUAGGUGAGGGGCCUUCUGCCAGAAGCGUCUGGCAAGCCUCAAAAGAUGAGGCAACCUUGGAAGCAAUUCGGGUUGCUGGAGAGGAUGGUGGAACUUCUCGGGCAGCAAGAGUGGGUAUCCCUGAGAUGACUGCGGAAGCCAUGGCGGAUGAUAAUAUUGGGCAAGAGAGAGACCCUAUCUGGACUUCCUGGAGUAAUGCUAUGGAUGCGCUUCAAAUGGGUGAUAUUGAUACUGCUUAUGCCGAAGUUAUGUCUACUGGGGAUGAUCUGUUGCUUGUGAAGCUUAUGGAUAGAUCAGGCCCUGUAGUUGACCAAUUGUCAAAUGAGAUAGCAAAUGAUGUCUUGCAUGCUAUUGGCCAGUUUCUGGUGGAGCAGAACUUGUUUGACAUCUGUUUGUCUUGGAUCCAACAGUUGGUGGAAGUAGUGAUGGAAAAUGGACCAGAUGUCUUGGACAUUCCCAUGGAACUGAAGAAGGAGAUUUUGGUGAACCUGCAUGAAGCUUACUCAGAAAUGGAACCACCCGAGGACUGGGAAGGUGCGACACCGGACCAACUUUUGUUGCAGCUGGCAACGGCCUGGGAAAUUGAAUUGCAACGGUUUGAGAAGUAGUCAGCUAGCUAUGGUCUUAUUGGUGUUAAGUCUCUAUUGUUCUGUUUUCCAAAAUGUUUUGAUUUGAGUGAUUUUGUCAAUACAUCUUGUAUUCAACAGAAAUUAAUGCAAGUUGAGGAAUGCAUAAUAUAAUAGUAGCAAUUGAAUGAAGUUGGAAUUGGUUUGGCCUUAAA